GCGGGCUGAGGGGCGACGAGGCGCGCUGCAUACCAACACACACACGCGCACACUCACACACACGCACUCACACGCACAGGCGGAGGACGCAGGACCCACAAGAAAACGUUCAUGUCAAGUUUGGAUGCUUCCUUUUUGUGCAACAAUCUCCAGCUCUACCGGACCGAGCGCCAAAGUCGGACUGUGGAAUAUUUGUUUUUAUCUUUGCUGACGUGUGGCAGGCGAGACAAACAUCGUGCGGACUCUCUCUGCAUCGGAAAAGGCGACAAGUGGACCAGGCUGAUGUUCGGCUGCGGUCACGUGUAGAAGAAUAUCCAUUUGGGUGCCACGGGAAUAAUUACAAGAAGAAGAGAUUUGAUAAGACAACUCCAUCCUCAUCGUCAUCGUCGUCAUCAUGAGCUGCCCCCGCUUGUGGACCACCUUGGCCGGCUUGGUGCUGUUCGUGUUGUGCAAAGGCUCCAGCGUCCACGCAGCAGAUUUUGGCCACCUGCCGGACAACAUUACAGUUUUAGAAGGAGAGAGCGUCACCCUGAGAUGUCGCAUUGACGAGGAGGUGACCCACAAGGCGUGGCUGAACCGCUCCAACAUCCUGUUCACGGGCACGGACAAGUGGUCGCUGGACAAGCGGGUGACGCUGGUGAACAGCAACAGCAGCGACUUCUCCAUCCACAUUGAGAAGGUGCAAGUGAGCGACGAGGGCCCGUACACGUGCACCUUCCAGGCCAACAACAAGCCCCGCAUCGCACACGUCUACCUCAUUGUGCAAGUGCCGGCCAGGAUCAUCAACAUCUCCACGGACGUGUCGGUGAACGAGGGCGACAACGUGAACCUCUUCUGUCUGGCCGUGGGCCGGCCCGAGCCCACCGUCACCUGGAAAGACCAGAAAUACGGUCUGGUGAGCGAGGGCGAGUUCCUGGACAUCACGCAGAUCAAGAGGCAGCAGGCUGAGGACUACGAGUGCAUCACCCACAACGGUGUCGCUCCACCCGACCAGCGCAAGGUCAAGGUCACGGUCAACUACCCCCCCAUGAUCACCGACAUGAAGAACCUGCCAGCCCAUUUGGGAAAGACGGCCAUCUUGCGCUGCGAGGCCAUGGCGGUCCCGCCAGCCUCCUUCGAGUGGUACCGAGACGACCACAGGCCCGUAGAGAGCGACAACACCCUGAAGAUCAAGAACGAGAAGACGCGCUCACUGCUGCUGUUCUCCAACGUGACGGAGAAACACUUUGGCAACUACACCUGCUUCGCCACCAACCGUCUGGGGGCCUCCAACGCCAGCAUGUUGCUCUUCCGACCGGGGGCCAUCCAGGGUCGGGCGGCGGGUCUUCAAGCGGGACUGAGCGUUGCCGUCGGCGUUUGGAUCUCCCUGUCCUGUGCCCUGCCGCUGAAGGCGUAAAGAUCAACUCCUCCCCUCCAUGGAAGUUGUCCUCGAGCGUACCCUCGCACCUCCUUCCGAAGCCCCCCCUUACCCACUCCCGCCCUCCUUCCCUCCCUCCCCUGCCUGAUGAAAGGAAGAAGGAAAUUGAAUUCUUUAAUUACGAACCCAUCACUGUGAACAAAAAGAAUAUGCAUCGAGUCAUUGCAUCAAACUGGAGACCACAGCCCCGCCCCCCUCCCUCAUACACUCAAACAUAGCCCCUCAAUCCAACCUGGAGGUCUCCAUCUUCCCCCGGCCCCCUCCUUUCUCAUAACAUCUCUCUUUGUCGCCCCCUGCUGGAGUGAGCAUGUGCGUCCAUGGUUGUUAUCUUUCUCUGGACCCCCCCAAUGAGGGAAGUCAACAAAACCCAGCCUGAUCGUGUACCUUAACACCUACACAGUACACAAUAUACUGCAUACACUACUACACAGUAUACAGUAUGUACUCAUGACUACUACAGUUUGCCUUAUGGAGAGGAAUCAUAAAGAAUAUAGUUCAGUGGCUUUGUCAUGUGACCUGUUUAAAGCUACACACACACAUACACUACAUGUACAUGCAGUACAUAUACAGUACAUGCAGUACAUAUACAUACACUACAUGUACAUGCAGUACAUAUACAGUACAUGCGGUACAUUUACAUACACUACAUGUACAUGCAGUACAUAUACAGUACAUGCGGUACAUAUACAUACACUACAUGUACAUGCAGUACAUAUACAGUACAUGCGGUAUAUAUACAUACACUACAUGUACAUGCAGUACAUAGUACAUGCAGUACAUAUACAUACACUACAUAUACAUACACUACAUGUACAUGCAGUAUAUAUACAUGCAGUACAUGUACAUGGAGUACAUGUACAUAGAGUACAUGUACAUGCAGUACAUGUACAUAGAGUACAUGUACAUAGAGUACAUGUACAUGCAGUACAUGUACAUGCAGUACAUGUACAUACAGUACAUGUACAUGUAGUACAUGUACAUGCAGUACAUGUACAUAGAGUACAUGUAUGGUGUAGGUAUGGCUUUUCCAUUUCAGCAGUGCAACAGUGAACUUGCUGUCAAUGAUGUCAAAACGUGCACACACAAACAAAAAAAGUCAAUGUGGGGGUGGAGCCCCCCCACCACUGCCACCCUGCCCCCACCCCAACGCCACCACCUUCACCACCCUGACCUAUUUAGCCCGUCCUUAUGCUCUGUCUCGUCACCCUACACAUCACCCCCGCCGCCCCUUUCUCCCUCCCCAGUGUAAAUAAAUUCAGUAGGCGGGCCGCUAUCGCCCUCACCC